AUGAAUAGCGGCCCCACCGGAAGCUGGUUCCUCACUGGCUACUUCACCGCCGUUAACCAGCAGCCACUCCACAUCCGCGAAGACAUCCUCCAGGGCUGGCAAACCUCCCGUCUCAGCUCCAUGCGAGUGCUCACCAAGGUUUUCACCAGCCUAGCCCAGAAGGCUACCCUGCAGACGAGCCCCCUCUUCAAAGAGCUUACCGGUUACACCGACAUGCCCAGCGACCACAAGCCCGUUGACAGUUAUGAAUUCAAUUUUAUGCAGUUCCCCGCCUCCGACGAGGCCGUGUCACUCGAGACGGAUGUUGUCAUCGUCGGUUCGGGCUGUGGUGGCGCCGUUGUUGCCAAGCACCUCGCUGAGGCCGGCCAUCGCGUCCUCGUCGUCGACAAAUCCUACCACUUCCCCGCCGCCCAGCUGCCACUCGCCCAGGACAUGGGCUGCCAGUACCUCUAUGAGGGUGGCGGGUUUCUGGGCAGCGACGAUAGCUGCCUCAACCUCGUUGCUGGCAGCUGCUGGGGCGGUGGCGGGAACAUCAACUGGAGCGUGUCGCUGCAGACCCAGGGCUUCGUGCGCAGUGAGUGGGCCAAGAAAGGGCUGCCGUUCUUCACCUCGGCCCAGUUUCAGAGCUGUCUCGACAAGGUGUCGGACGUGAUGGGCGUGAGUUCAGACCAUGUGCGCCACAACCACAGAAAUCGAGUGAUGCUUGACGGGGCCCGCAAGUUGGGGUGGCAUGCAGCUGCGGCGCCGCAAAAUACGGGCGGCACGGAACACUACUGUGGCCGGUGCCAUCUCGGAUGUGGGUCGGCUGACAAGAAGGGAACUGCUGUCAGCUGGCUGCCUGCGGCUGCAGAGGCUGGUGCCGAAUGUAUCGAGGGUCUGGAGGUGAACGAGGUGACCUUUGACACGACGGAUGGGGCCAAGAAGGCGACAGGCGUCGUGGGAACCUGGGUAUCCAGGGACGCCACUGGUGGUGUCAGCAGUCCAUCGUCGGAGCGCACCACGCGAAAGGUCGUGAUCAAGGCCAAGAAGGUCAUAGUGGCCUGUGGUUCGCUCUGGAGUCCCCUUGUCCUGCUCAAUAGUGGCCUUACUAACCGACAUAUUGGCCAAAACCUCUAUGUUCAUCCGUGUAACAUGGUUGGCGCCUACUGGAAAGAGGAAGUUACACCGUGGGAGGGUAAGCACAUCCAAACUUUCGGAUCAUCUCUCCUUGCUAACCAGUCAGGCGGCAUCAUCACGAGCUACUGCACCGCCUUUGAGAACCUCGACAACGCUGGCCACGGCGUGAAACUCGAGCCAACUUGUGCCGUCCCCUACACUGUCCUCACAAGCAUGCCUUGGCACAGCGGCCUCUCGUCCAAGCUGGCCGCACUCAAGUACCGACAUUUCGGCGGCUUCAUCGCGCUCACUCGUGAGCGCGAUCCAGGCUACGUGUACCCUGACUCCCGCACCGGCAGGCCACGCAUCGCUACACGCCGUCUGAUUUCGACCGGCGCGCAUACGCUGAGGGUGUCAUCGCCCUGGCCAAAAUUUGCUAUGUCGAGGGUGCAGAGGAGAUUCACGCGUUCUUCCCGGGUUUGGAGCCCUUCAUACGGGGCGAGGCUAAGAACGAAGAGGGCGAAGAGGCGGGCGUGA